UCUUAUCCAAUUACUUAUUCAAAAUUUAAAAAUAAAAAAUCAAAUUUUUAUAGUUAAGAGAGAGAAAAAAAAAAGAGCGUAUUAAGAGAAAGAGAUUUUUCUUUCUCUCUCCAUUAUGGAAGGUGUAUCAACAACGUCCUUGAUUUUCAUUACUCCUAGAUUCAUCUAUCUCUGCAACACCCAUAUAUGAAAACCAAAAAAAAAAAAUUCAAAUCUUUGAUUGAAAAGUAUCCAAUCCCAUUAUCAAAAUCGAAUUUUUAUAAAGGAUCCAGUUUUCACUUCUCUGGUCAUUAUGCUAUCGGGAUCAUCGCGUUUGGACCAGUUGAAUUUGCUUUCCAUUGAUGAUUUUUGGGCUAUGAAUCGCUUCCCAAGACUCAUGACUAUGCCCGGUGUGAUAUCACCGCCGUCGGAGUUCGAAAACGGCGACGUCUCGUCUCCUACGUCCUCCGUCGCCGUUCAAGAGCGACGUAUCGUCGUUUCGAACCAGCUACCGAUACGAGCGACCAGAAACGCCGAGACCUCAAAAUGGUCGUUUGAACUGGACAAGGACAGCCUCGUACUACAACUCAAAGACGGGUUCGGUCCCCAAGUCGAAGUAAUCUACGUGGGUUGUCUCGAAGUCGAGAUCGAAGCUCCGGAGCAGGACGAGGUAUCCCAAAUUCUCCUCGACAGGUUUCGUUGCGUCCCGACUUUCUUGUCGUCCGAGACUCGGGACAAGUUCUACCAUGGAUUCUGUAAACACUAUCUCUGGCCUUUGUUUCAUUACAUGUUGCCCAUUUCGCCUAGCCACGGAGCCAGGUUCGAUAAGUCCCAAUGGCGAGCCUACGUCUCGGCUAAUAAGUCCUUCGCCGAUAAAAUCAUGGAGGUCAUAAAUCCAGAUGAGGAUUUCAUCUGGGUUCACGAUUACCAUCUCAUGAUCCUCCCCACCAUCCUCCGAAGACGAUUCCACCGAGUCAAACUCGGUUUCUUCCUCCACAGCCCUUUUCCUUCGUCUGAAAUCUACAGGACUCUGCCUGUUCGUAACGAGAUUCUCCAGGGUCUGUUGAACUGUGAUCUUAUUGGGUUUCACACGUUCGAUUACGCCAGGCAUUUCUUGUCCUGUUGUAGUCGGAUGUUGGGUUUGGAUUACCAGUCGAAAAGGGGUUAUAUUGGGCUCGAGUACUAUGGUCGAACAGUUGGUAUUAAGAUCUUACCAGUUGGGAUCCAUAUGGGUCAGCUUCAAUCUGUUUUGUCUCUUUCUGAAACUGCAGAAAAAGUCAGGGAAUUGAAAGAAGAAUACGACGGAAAGAUUGUCGUUUUGGGUGUCGACGACAUGGAUUUGUUUAAAGGUAUUAGCUUGAAGUUUCUGGCAAUGGGUCAACUCUUGGAAGAGCAUGCUCACUUAAGAGGUAAAGUAGUUUUAAUUCAGAUUACUAACCCUGCAAGAAGCCAAGGCAAAGAUGUUCAAGAUGUUGAGAACGAGAGCAACUCCAUUGCUGAAGAGAUUAACCAAAAGUAUGGUGAAGAUGGUUACCAGCCAAUUGUUUUCAUCAAAAGACAGGUUACGACAUUAGAGAAGGCUGCGUUCUAUGCCAUAGCUGAGUGCUGUGUAGUGAAUUGUGUCAGAGAUGGUAUGAAUUUGGUGCCUUAUAAGUACACUGUUUGUAGGCAGGGGAGCCCUGUUUUGAACAAGGCAUUGGGAGUUGCUGAAAAUCCCAAGGAGAGUGUUAUAAUUGUGUCCGAAUUCAUCGGUUGUUCGCCUUCUCUUAGUGGCGCCAUUCGGGUCAAUCCAUGGAGCAUUGAGGCUGUCUCUGAUGCCUUGAAUUUGGCCAUUUGUAUGCCGGAGAUGGAGAAGAGGCUUCGCCAUGAGAAGCAUUACAAGUACAUUAAUUCUCAUGAUGUGGCCUUUUGGGCUAAGAGUUUUGAUCAAGACCUUGAGAGAGCUUGUAAAGAUCAUUACUCUAAGAGGUGUUGGGGAAUUGGGUUUGGUUUAGGAUUUAGAGUUGUGGCUUUGGGACCAAAUUUCAGAAAGCUCUCAUUGGAACAUAUAGUUUCUGCUUAUAGAAACACAACUAGUAGGUUGAUACUAUUGGACUAUGAUGGUACUAUUAAGUCACAAGCUUCGGUUAACAAAGCUCCUUCUGAUAUAAUCAUCUCUCUAUUGAAUUGCUUAUGUGAUGAUCCUAAAAAUGUUGUCUUCAUUGCUAGUGGAAGAGGGAGGGAGCCACUCAGUGAAUGGUUUGCACCAUGUAAGAAAUUGGGUAUUUCAGCUGAGCAUGGCUACUUUACAAGGUGGAAUAGUAGUUCUUCAUGGGAAACUUGUUCCUUAGCAGUGGACUUUGAUUGGAGAAGGGUUGCAGUUCCAGUAAUGGAACUUUAUACUGAGGCAACAGAUGGGUCUUUUAUAGAACAGAAAGAAAGUGCAUUGGUUUGGCACCACCAAGAUGCUGACCCUCAUUUUGGCUCAUCUCAGGCCAAGGAGCUUCUUGACCAUCUUGAGAGUGUUCUUGCAAAUGAGCCUGUUGUGGUCACCAGAGGUCAACAUAUAGUGGAAGUAAAGCCUCAGGGUGUGAGUAAAGGCAGAGCUGUUGAAAGCCUCAUAUCAACUAUGCAAAGCAAUGGCAGGUCACCAGAUUUUGUGCUGUGCAUAGGGGACGACCGCUCUGAUGAGGACAUGUUCGAGUCCAUUUACCGGUCAUCCUCGAACCCCUCCUCUCUACCAGCCAUAGCUGAAGUCUUUGCCUGCACAGUAGGCCAGAAGCCAAGCACAGCAAAGUACUAUCUUGAUGAUUCAACUGAAGUCAUUAAGCUUCUCAUUGGCCUUGCUUCUGCUUCAGUACUUGAGCCAAAAUUCAAUAGUGCCUCACAUUCAUUUGAAGUUCUUUCUUAGGAAAAAGGAAAAUGGGAGUUACAGCUUUUGGGGUCUUGAGUUUCAUAGAGCUUAUCUCUGUUUGAUCUCUUAUCUUUUGUUAGGAGUUGAUAGAAUAUGUCUUUUCUUUUUAGAGUUUAUGAUAAGAUGAUGUGAUACCUCCUUGUACAGACUAUGAUACUUAGUUUUACAGCUUUCGUUUGAAAAAAGAAACAGAAAAGCCAACCCUUAGAAAAAUUUCAGAUUUACUUCAUUCAAUUUCAACAGGAAAGAUUUUGGUUC